CGAGAGACAGAACAGAAGAGAGCUGUCAAGCUGCGAGGAGGCAGCGGAGAGACGACUUAGUUUUACUUGGAUUACAUUCUCCCCACCAUCUCUGAAGCCCACACACACACACACACACACACACACACACACACACACACACACACACACACACACUCAAAAAAUAUAAACACACAAACACAGACGGUGAAGUGUGUGUGAGUGCUGCUGUUACUCUCUUAAAAGGAGCGCUGAAUUAUUUUCAGGAUCUGGACCAACUCAAACCUGACUCACUUGGACUGUACGAGUGUUUGGAUUCAGCAUCUAUGUGACUCGGACUUGAACUCAGAUUGGAUUCAUAUUGUGUUUUUAUCGGUGCAAUGCCAAAAGUGUGCAUCUCUGUGCGUGUUGGGAUUCAGCUCUUCACCUGAGUGCAACACUGUGAUUUUGACUGAGACUGUGUUGGCACUUGUUAGUCGCCUGAAUUCAGCAGAUUGGACUGGAGGAGGAGGAUGUAUUGGCCAUUGACAGCGGUCCUGCUGGCCCACCUUGGGGCCACCUUAACGGGGGCAUGGAGAGCAUCUCAGCCAAGACUGCAGUUUACACACUCUGAGCUCAUCCAGAACGGGCGCCUGCUGACGCUGCCCCUAGUGGCAGGAGACCUGCACUCCCUGCUGCCCGACGAAGACGGGAGGCGUCUGUAUGUGGCCAUGAAAGAUAACCUGCUGUCUACCAGUCUGGAUGACAUAACGCAGAACCCACGCAAGCUCUACUGGUCAGCCAGUCCAGACCGUGUCCAAGAAUGUCUCAUGGCUGGGAAGGAUCCAGAGUUGGAGUGUGCUAACUUCCUGCGGGUUCUGCAGCCUUUUAACCAGACUCACCUGUACGUUUGUGGCACUGGGGCCUUCAACCCCCGAUGUGCUUUCAUAGCUACCAGCAUCUUCCAACAGUCAGAGCACCAGACUCUCUCCUACAGCCAGACAGAGUGUGGGAAGGGGAAAUGUCCCUACGAUCCGUUCCAGAAAACAGCCUCCGCUGUGGUUGAUCGAGAGCUGUACGCUGGGAUCACCUCAGACUUCAUGAGCCGGGACUCCGCCUUCUUCCGUAGUCUUGGCAGCCGUCACGUCAUCCGCACCGAGCAGUACGAUUCCACUUGGCUGCAAGAUGCCCAGUUUGUGCGGGUAGCGCCACUGUCUGAAACUGAUAACCCAGAAGAUGAUAAGGUCUACGUGUUCUUCACUGAGCGCGCUCAGGAGGCAGAGGGGGCUGCUGGGAAGGUGCUCUACUCCAGAGUGGCACGUGUGUGCAAGAAUGACAUCGGAGGCCAGAGGAGUUUAGUCAACAAGUGGAGUACCUUCCAGAAGGCUCGCAUGGUGUGUUCGGUCCCAGGACCAGACGGCCUGCAGACACACUUCGACCAGCUGCAGGACAUCUUUAUCCUCCACGGGAAAGACAAGAAGAACCCUCUCAUCUACGGCCUGUUUACCACUUCAAGUGAUAUCCUGAACGGUUCGGCAGUGUGCGUUUACCGGAUGGAGGAUGUGGUCCGGGCUUUCAAGGGAAACUUCCUGCAUAAGGAGGGACCGCAGUAUAAGUGGGCAGAGUUUACAGGCAAGGUGCCCUACCCACGACCAGGAACGUGUCCCAGCAGUACAUAUGGAAGUUACAGCUCGACCAGAGAGUAUCCUGACGACGUCAUCUUCUUCAGCAGGACUCACCCGCUGCUGCAGGAGCAUGUGCUGCCGCUGGGAGAGCGCCCCCUACUGGUCAGAGUGGGUGUUCACUACAAGUUCAGCAAACUGCUGGUGGACAGAGUGGAGGCCGUGGACGGCACCUACGAUGUCCUGUUCAUCGGCACAGACUCAGGCCUCGUGCUGAAGGCCAUUCAUCUGCCCAGAGAACAUGGUCAGAGUCAGGAAGUCACUCUGGAGCAGCUACAGGUCUUUCAGCACAAAUCACCUGUGACAGCCAUGGCACUCUCAAAGAAAAAGCAGUGGUUGUUUGUGGGCUCCAGGGAAGGUGUGUCCCAACUGGGCCUGUACCAGUGUGAGCUGUAUGGGCAGGCCUGCGCCGAGUGCUGCCUGGCCAGAGAUCCCUACUGCACCUGGGACGGACACGCCUGCAGCCCCUACAUGCCCACCGUACGCAGGAGGAAUGCUCGUCACUUAGGGGAGGAUGAGGAUCCACUAACUCAGUGUGUCAGACAGGGAGCUGGGCUGCAGGUGGAGGCGGAGCAGAGGGUGAUGAUGGUUGCUGAGGGCAACAGCACCUACCUGGAGUGUCUGCCCCGAUCCAGACAUGCUGCUGUUACCUGGUACAAACAGGCUGGAGAGAACAGUCCUGAACUAAACCAGGUGGUAACAGGUGACCAGCUGGUGGUGAUUGAGCGGGGCAUCCUGAUUCGUCAAGCUGAGCUGUCUCAUGGCGGCGUCUACCACUGCCAGGUGGAGGAGCAUGGUUACCACUGGACCGCCGUCACCGUCCGCCUCGCUGUCUGGAGCCCCUCAGCCAAUCGCCUCCUUGCUUCCUGGUCCAGCUCAUCCUAUCAGAGCGCAGGAAACCAGCCCUGGUACGAGGAUGUGAUGGCACUGAUUCACCCAGGAAACCUCGGCCAGCACUGCCGGGCGCUGGGAUACCGCCCCCCGCGCAACCACCGUCGCCACGGUGACAUCAUGGUGGAGCCAAACAAGGAGAAAGAGAGGGGGGAGAGGCACAAGCACGGGGGAGGAAGAGGAGGAGGAGGAGGGGGAGGAAGAGCAGCGGGGAGGAAGAGCAGGAGCAAGCCGCAGCAGAGGGCACCGAGGAGCACUUGAAUCCGUUGCAGUACAGGAGGGCGGAUUUUCAUUGACUUAAACACACGCACACACAUACAUACAUUUAUGUUAAUGUCCACACUAUGACACACACACACAUACACACACUCACACACACACUUAACUUAUACACUGAGACAGACAUAUACUGUAUGUACAGAGACUACAACAUGUGCAUGCACUUAUCUACAAACAAAAAAAUGCAUCCUUUCAUUAUCGUGACAAACUUUCAAACCAAGCUACACACAAACAACAGAAGUAUGUACAGGAGGGUGUGAACAGCGAAGACUGUUGGACCUGGACUAAAGACUUGUGUAUAAAGAAGCUAAAGUAGAAUACCGUAGGUUGCACAGCAUGUUGAAUGAAGGACGAUGGGCUUGUCCAGAUCUCUCAGUUUUACUGACUCUGUGCCGUGACAAGGACAUGGGAGAGGAUUUGGAGCGUUUACAGAGGGAAAAAAAAGUCUCGUUCCAAAAGUGAAUAUCGAACAUUUGAAAAAUCACUCAACCCUUCUGAAGAGAGUGCUGCCGUCAAGGACCGUACUGGCUUUGCAUGUCCUUGCCCAUUAAUUACAAGUCACAUCCACACUGCCAAUUAUUCUCCAAAGCAAAACAGAUGUUUUCAGAUUGAUUUCCAUUUCAGUACACUUUGUAAAUCAUCUUACAGAAACUUGCAAAAUGCUUAGAUAUGUAAUCCAUCACAGUGAACAAUACGUUGCCUUUUCUUUUUCAAAGUCAUCUUAUUGCAGCUGCAAGCAGCAUUUUCCAAACUUUACUGUGUACUGCGUUUAGAUUUCACGGACACUCCAUCCUUGGCCUUCGUGGAUUUGAGGUUCAACCACUCAAAAGCUUCUGACUGACAAGCUCUGUUGUUGUAAAUGUGAAAGCAAGAAGACAAGCAUAGAAAACACAGUGAAAAGGAUUUGUCUGCUGUGCUGCAGCCAGUCUCAAUGUCGGAGCACCUUUGAACACAUCAACAGAGACCGUUCGUGAAACAGCAGCUAAACUUAGACAAGAUAGAAAGAAGUUUGAAUAUUCCCUGCGAUAGAGGUCAUGUCAAUCUGAAAACUUUUUUUUUGGAAAAUAAUAAGCAGUUAUGUUUAAUUAAUGGGCUUUGAGAAGGUAAUUAUUUACUGUAGGUUGUAAAUAGCAGUAUAUAGCACUGAUGAGUUUCCGGCAUCUUUUUGCCCAAAUGGAUAAACACCAACAAUUCACCUACUGUGAGACUCUCGUUCGUUUCCUCGGAUAGGUGGGGUCUGACCACAGGAUGGCUGACCGCGACCACAAAGAUGAAAGGCACAGAAAAGCACGGCGACAGCUUUGAUGAGGUUACAGAUCUACUUUCCCAGGACGCUGCAGCCGCACAGACACUGCAGGAGAGGUUUCCAUUAUGUUCUCCUCAAGGUUUAUAAACGUUAGCUGGUAUGGUUCACAGACAUAUCUGGCACUGAUUUCAUGCCACGCAACAGAGAGCUUAGUAUAGGUGUGGGAAAAAUUGUUGGAGCUGUUGUGUUUUCUAACGUCAGAGAAAAUGCUCCGUCCUAUUUUGAGUGUUGGUUUAGUUUGCCUGGAGUCCCACAUGAAGAUGGUGUACAGAUUUAGGAAAUAUGUUACUGUAGAUUUACUGUUAUGUAUGACAAAAGUAACAUCUGCACAUCAACUCCAGUUUGCAGAGAAAUAUACACAUUUUCAUUUUUGCUUCUUGGUUUUCUGGAAAAAUGUGUUUAGCUGCUGUAAGUUAGGGCACAAUCCAGUAACUCAAAAAAAAGAUCUUUAAAUUUCCUCUUGACAUUCAUAACUGAGGGUUUUAAAUGGUUUUAAUGAGUCUAACCAUAUGCAGGGUCAUUAUUACCAGACAUUUUGGGCAAAACACAAUUACUAGUAUAUAAAAUCUGUUUUACUUCCAGCAAGAAGUAAACAUUUUUAAAGUAAGUAAAUAAAAAUUUUGAGGCUGUGUAUCUAUUGGACAAAAAUAUGUUUCUACUGUAAGUCUCUUUGCAAAAAUGCAUUCAAAAAACAUUUUUCACCAGUGUUUGAUAGCGCAUGGACAAGAAAACGCGAUUCGAAGAGGACCGAACAAUGAACUGAACUGCCAAGAGACUCUGUACAGAUCAUGCAUGUUUCUCAACCUAUGGCUCAGGACCCAAAUGGAGCCAUUGGUGACUUUGAGUAGGUGCCAGCCCAACUAAAGAGGUGGAGUAAUGUAUUGCUGCCAGCUCCUAAAGACAUCUGGCUGUAAAUUUUGAAGCAGGCCCGAUGUGUAAUAAAGAAGCCUUUAUUACACAAAGCUGGAACUUGAGAAAGUGUGAAAUGGGACUGGUGUGAAGUGGACUCUGGCCUGUGGGAUGUGAGCGACUUCAGCGACUUUGCAAGGCAGUAAAUCGUGAUUUGUUCUUAAUGUUAAAAUGUUAAACUUGUUCCACCUCUAUUUAACUUUAUUCUAAGUGGUAUUUAUUUGUUCAAUCUGGAGUGAAACUGCUGGUUUCAGAAGUUGUUAGGUCAGAUUUUUUUUUAUGCUUAAAGCUCUUCAUCAACCAAUUCAACCACGAUGUCUCACAAACUGGACGCUUAUGUAAUGUGUGUCUCUCUUUGUAUGCAUGAACUGUAUAUUUGUGCCCACACACUGAAGUCUGCACAGUACUUUUCUCCCUUUUUUAUGCAAGAUUUCCGAUUGCUACCAUCUGCUUCUGUUGAUGCACCUUCCCACUCCUACCUGCGGACAUUCAAAUCAGUCCUGCCUGCGAUCAUAGUUACGUCGUUCAGGAUCUGGACCAUCCUGCAGGCAUUUGAAAGUAAAAUCUGCUUUGGCUUGAGGUAGUAGGAAAUAAAAGUGUAUUUAAAAUGUCA